AUGCAAUACUCUAAUGGUUUACCCAGGCGUUCAGCAAAUAGCGCAACAGUAUCGUUUUGUCCUAGUGAACAGAAAUGUUUGGCACCUGGUUACAGUGUUGAUUGUCGUGUAACCUUCCUACCUGAUGAACCAAGAUAUUAUGAAGAUUGUAUACGUGUACAUACUGAAGAUCAUGAGAGUCAGUUAAUUGUUCCACUUUAUGCUUAUCCUGUGAUUGGAAAUUUUGAAUUCCCUGAACUUAUUGAAUUUCCACCUACUACUAUUGGACAAAAGAACUUAUUGAUUAAUUUUGGAAGGAGAACUCAUGUAAUCCCAAUCAAAUCUUCUUCCGUAGUUGACUUUGAGUUUCGAAUUCAGAUUAUGAAAAUUCACCCAAGUUUUUCGAUUCAACCUUUAAAGGGAGUUUUACACUCUGGUCAGAUAACAAAACUACAUAUUAAUUUCCAACCAACCAGUUAUACAACAUGUGAAUUGAAAUUUGAAUUACAUGUGGCACAAGUAAAUUUUUUGGCUAAAUGUUGUACAAUUAUUGGGAAUGCAAUACCUGGAUUAGAAAAAGAUGAAGAUAAUCUAAUGGAACCGGUUGAUCCUAAGUAUAAGACAGGUGAAGAAAUAAAUUCCAUAAAACAUCAUGAAAAAUUGAAAAAACUUAAAUAUUCUUUCCGAAAACUGCAGAGUUUGACUAGUAGAAAUUUUGGAGAAGAAAGAGAAAAGUUACCUGAAAUGACAUGUCCGCAUCAUUUAGUAAAAUUUUUGUUACAUCAUCAUGAGAAAGUGAUAUCAAGUCAAGGAAGUAAUCUAAUCUCAGAUGAAUUAAACAGGCAACAAAUGUUACUAGCUUUUGAAGCAAUGGUACAUCAAAAUUUUAUUGAUGAACAACGUAAUCAAGUUAGAUGGCAAUCAAAAUUAGGUGCAACUUCAUUAUCAUUUGAAGAACAUAUGAAAAUACUUGAAACUCGUCAAUUAGCUUGGAAUAGAUACAAUGCAGCAUGUACACAUCCAGAAGUUCUAGAAAAUUCCACCGACCCGUUAUCACUAUCUCCAUCUAUGAAUUUAAUAUCAAACAGAAUUAAUCAAUUACUAUAUGAAUUUCGUCCAUAUCGUCCAGUGGAUCCAUUUGUCAAGUUGAAAAAAUUAAAAACAACCUUAUCAAUAUUCAAUGAACCAAAAUUUCAUCUAGUUGAAUUUAGUAAAGCAAAAUGGUUGUAUAAAUGUGAUAUAAUUGAAAAGUUUCGUUCAAUAGUUUCAAGUAUAAUCAUUAAACAAAGAAUGAUUAAACGAUUAAAGAAAUUAAAACAAUUCACAUUAUCAACUGAUGAGGAUAAAGACUCAGCAUCGAACCAGUCAACUGAAGAAAAGUAUGCUUACAAUUCUGGACGAUCAAUUCCUUCACUUUCAUUAAAUAACUGCGGUAGUAAACUACUUCAUCAAUAUGUAUGGUUUCAGCGUAAUCUACUUACAGAUGAAAAGAUGAUGUUAUCAAAUCUAACAGGGACAUUACCAACAAACAAUCGCAUUAGUAGUAAUAUUCAAACAUCAUGUAUACAACCCAUACCAUGUACAUUUAAUUAUAAUCAGUUGAUGAGUAGUUUCACAACACCUCAACAAUAUUGGCCUAUAUUUGAUGUACCCGUAUCAGCAUUACACUAUGAAUUGAAGUAUACGGACAAGUUUGAAUUAAACACCGCUAUGGAUUAUGCUAAACUAAUACCAAUGGAAAUUAAUUAUAGGGAAUUAUUACCUUUGAAACAACAACAGCACCAUCACCGACAACAAGAACGACCACAGGAUCAAAUGUUAACAAAUCCAAUGAUGCCUAUAUCUUCAAAAUUAUUUGAUGACAAUAAAACACCAGAGAGUAGAAUAUCAACUUCAACUAAAAAUCCUGUUAACUCAGCAAUCAGUUUACCGAAAUCUCUACAUUCACUACCAAAGUCAAACGUAUAUACUGACAAUUAUUUAUAUAAUCAUUACUUAAAUUUAACAUCAGUGAAUCAUUCAACAUUGAAAGACUACUCAAAUUCCCUAAUCAGUUCAUUGAACAAGACAAUUAGUAGUUUACAUCAAAUCAAUCCUUCUAGUCUGUCGAAUUCUACCUACUUAGAUACAAUACUACUAAGUUUAAAUCAAGCAGAAAGUCAUCAAACACUUACAAAAUGGAGUUCAUCAUCAAAAUCUCAUAAACCAUUGAUACCAAUACCAUUAUUCUCAUGUUCAGAAAUUCAAGAAACUUCAACGGAUCAGGUAACUUCAAAAGAAAAUACAACAUUUAAGAAUUACCAAUUGAAUGAAAAUGGCUCAGAAUAUAUUGAAGAGAUGGUGGAACAAGAUGUUAAAGAAUGGUUGACACGCUUUCCAGAAUUGAAUUCACUUCUAAUGAAUAAAAAUGAAGAUAGGAAAGCAAAACAUAAUGAGGAAACCUACACUGAAUUAAACAAUCCACUUCUACAUCUAAAUAAUGCACCGAUUGAAGAGUCGAAAAAGUAUGCAGACGAAAUUUUAUCAGCAUGUAAAUUUAAAUUUUAA